CAUGAUCAGUUAAGAAGCAUGCAAGAACAAUUAGCUAAAAACCUGGUGAAAAGGGGUGUACUGACAACAGAGAAACAGAACUUCCUACUUUUUGACAUGACGAUGCAUCCCCUCACCAAUAGGGUCAAACAGCACCUCAUCAAGAAGGUGCAGGAAGCUGUUCUUGACAAGUGGGUGAAUGGCCUGCACCACGUGGACAAGCACCUGUUGGCCUUCAUCUACCUGGCCCACACCUUGGAUGUUCUGGAGAAUGCUUUCACUCCCCUUCUGGAUGAGCAGUAUGAUUUGGCCACCAAGAGAGUGCGGCAGCUCCUCGACCUGGAUCCCAAAGUGGAGUGUCUGAAAGCUGGCACCAACGAGGUGCUGUGGGCAGUGGUGGCGGCCUUCACCAAGUAG